AUGGAUGCUAUUUCGGACCCAGCUUUCCACUCAACUAAGCUCAAGUCUCAAUAUGCUGAGGAAACUCCAUCUUUGCUGACUUUAGUCAUCGAUACUGCGCCGAAGCUUUGGGCAGAACUGGAUAACGAAGGAGAUCAAAACGCUAACAUAAUAAGCGUCUUAGAAUCCAUCAUAGUGUUCCUCAAUGCACAUCUUGCCUUUAACAGCUCGAAUCAAGUGGCUGUCAUCGCAGCUCACUCUCAAGGCAUAAAGUAUCUCUAUCCUAAGAGCAAUCUGAAUCAGAACAAGGUUACCACUACUUCGCUACCUGGCAAGGAUCUGUCUAUCAUCAACAAUGAUAUGUAUCGACAAUUUAGAAAUGUUGAUGAGACUCUGGUAGAAGAGCUGUACAAGCUAUUCCAAGAAGAGAAGGACCAAGUUGAAAAAGCUACACAAAAGAGCACUCUUGCUGGAGGGAUAUCCGCAGGGCUCACUUACAUCAACAGAAUUUCCAGAGAGCUGGCCAGGAUAUCUUUCAAGUCCAGGCUUUUGGUCAUAACAUGCGGCAGUGGUGGUGGAAGAGACGAAAUAUUUCAAUAUAUCCCAAUAAUGAAUUGCAUAUUUGCGGCGACUAAAUUGAAAUGUCCUAUCGAUGUUGUGAAGAUCGGCGGUCAUAAAGAGAGUACGUUUCUUCAACAAACAACGGACGCCACGAACGGCGUCUAUUUGCAUCUCAACUCUACUCAAGGUCUAGUUCAAUAUCUAUCCACGGCAAUGUUCAUAGACCCAUCACUCAGGCCCAUCAUUGUGAAGCCAAACCAAGGAUCGGUUGAUUUCAGAACGUCCUGCUAUCUGACGGGAAAAGUUGUUGCCAUUGGAUACGUUUGCUCCGUCUGCCUCUGCGUCUUAUCCAUAUUGCCACCCGCCAACAAGUGCCCUGCCUGCGACUCUGAAUUCGACGAGAAGGUCAUUGCUAAGCUGAAGAAGAGCAACAAAUGA